AUUGAUGUGAAGACUUGGGCGAGGCUGAGUGAUGAGGUCAACAUAAUUUUUCACGUUGCAGCGUCCGUAAAUUUUCGCGAAUCUCUUAAAAUAGCGACUUUCACCAACAUUAAAGGGACCAGAGAGAUUCUAAAAUUAGCUAAGGCUUGCAAGCAUUUAAAAUCGGUUGUCCACGUUUCUACAGCGUACUCCCACGCCACAAAGGAUCGUAUUAAAGGAGAUGUUAAAGAUGAUUUCUACCAGAGUCCAAUACCUCCUGAAACAAUGAUACAACUCGCUAAAAGUGUGGGUGACGAUAAACUUGAUGCCAUGAUCGAACCAUUUAUGGAUCAAUGGCCAAAUAGUUAUGCAAUCACAAAAGCAGUCGCUGAAGAGCUCGUCAGAGUCAUGGGAGAAGGCUUGCCUAUUUGCAUCGUUCGACCAGCAAUCGUGGUAUCUGCGUACAGGGAACCAAAGCUUGGAUGGGUUGACGUUAAAAAUGCGUAUGGACCAAGCGGGAUAAUACUCGGACUUGGACUAGGCGUUAUACGAACUUUAUUGGCUGAUAACAUAAACAUCGACUUGUGGAUUUCGUGACCAAUACAAUGAUAACUGAAGCGUUGGAGACACACGACAGAUAUAUAGCAGGAAACCAAUCGCCAAUUAUUUAUACAGUGAGUGGCAAA